GUUUUCCAUGGCCCGCCCCUCGGGUCAGCUGACUCCGAACAGGCUGUCAGUGCGGCUGACAACAAGAAGCGUCGCCGGGAUUCCUGUGAGAUAUUUCAAGGACCUCAAUAGAAGUAAGACUGUGAUGGAUUUCAGCUGCUAACCCAUGGACGCACAGGCGGGAAGUUCAGAAGAAUCGGAAGGCGUUCAAGAACGAGGUGCAACCUAUGUCUGGCAGGUGGGGUCAUCCCCUGUUACACCAGUACGAUUUCAUGGACUGGGAGGAAGAUCUGUGCUACAAGUCAGCCUGGGAAGAAAUCAUGGGCUGUUGCUCACAAGUGAUGGCGAAGUCUUUAGCUUUGGAAAGCAGCCAUGGAAGGAGAAUGUGGAUGAUGUUCCCUGCGAUGUCCCUCUAGUAGAGAAAGCGCUGAGUGGUCACCGUGUAAUAUGUGUUGCCGCAGGAAGUUAUCACAAUGGAGCAGUGACGGAAAAUGGCAUGGUGUACAUGUGGGGGGAGAACACUGCUGGGCAAUGUGCAAUCGCCAACCGCCCAUCUGUACUAGAGCCUAUACCAAUCACCAUAACUGACCAGGAAAGCACACCUCCUCUGUGGGUGCGAGUUCUGCAGCUGUCAUGUGGAGAAGAGCACACACUUGCAUUGUCCUCCAGCAGGGAAAUCUGGGCCUGGGGCAGCGGCUGUCAGCUUGGAUUACUAACUUCAACCUUCCCUGUGAUUAAACCUCAAAAAGUGGAGCAUCUUGCAGGUCGCGUUGUCCUUCAGGUGGUAUGUGGUGCAUUUCACAGCCUGGCCCUGGUGCAGUGCCCACUUGCACAAGAAGUAAAGCCUGUGCCGGAGAGAUGCAAUCAUUGUAGAGAGCUGCUAAUAACUAUGACUGAAAAGGAAGACCAUGUCAUUAUUUCCGAUGCUCACUGCUGCCCUCUUGGGGUAAUGUUAGCAGAGUCCCAACCUGACGCAAGGACUAUCAAGUCUCCCCUGUCCUCAAAGGGUAAAAGGUCCAAAGUAGAAGAGGUUUCAUUUCCUUCUGAUACGUCAGAGGACAGGAGCAGUUGUGGUUCCAAACUGACAGACUUGGAGACAGAGGUUGGCACAGAUGUGGCCAGUAUGUGUGAGAGUGAGAUGGGUGGCAAUGGCGACAAGCCAGUAAAUGACAAUGAUGUACAGUCUGACACUAAGGCAGUCGCAGAACAGUCAUCUCCACAGAACACAGCCUCAGAUCAUGCACAGAGUAAAGAGCACGCGUUAACGGAUGUUGACUGUCUUUUGAGUCCUGCAACUACCACAACAUCAUCCCUCAACAGCCUCGUCGCGUCCUGUGCAUCAGCUGUUGGCGUCCGGGUAGCGGCUACUUGCGAAGCUGGAGCUUUGUCGCUCAAGAAAGUCAUGAACUUUUAUUCUGGCUCUCUGUGUGAUGCGGGAGUCCAGAACCCUUUAGGUCCCCUCAUACAAGAGGGGCUGAAAGACAGCAGAGAAGAGCAAGUAAAACUAGAGUCUAUGCAGGGCAAGAAAAGCUCCAGUCUUGUGGACAUACGAGAGGAAGAGGCUGAAGCCGGCUGCAGAAGACUCUCCUUACCAGGGCUUCUUUCUCAAGUUUCCCCGAGAUUGCUGAGGAAGGUUGGGAGGGCAAAAAUGAGAACAGUUGCCUUGACCCCUACAAACAGCGGUGAAGCCGACAUAUUCCUUCCCUGCCUAAGGACGGAAGUCUGGAGUUGGGGAAGAGGUAAAGAAGGACAGCUGGGACAUGGAGAUGUUUUGCCAAGGUUACAGCCUUUGUGCGUCCGCAGUAUGGAUGGCAAAGAGGUGGUUCAGUUGGCAGCUGGUAGCCACCAUUCUGUUGCUCUCACCGCCAAGUCUCAGGUUUUCUCUUGGGGAAGUAAUCUUUCAGGACAACUUGGGCACCUGCAAUCACCAACAACUAUGCCACGUCUUGCUAAGGUAUAUGAAGACGGCACUGUGUGGAGCAUAGCUGCUGGGCAGGAGUACUCUCUUUUUUUAGCACAUGGAAAAAAUGAGUACCAGCCUGUUGUAUAUUAUAGUGGACCUGGAAUAGUGGAUGUCUCCAGCGGGGUAGACUCGGGGCAGUCACCAGUUCAGCUGACAGAGUGUGCCCAGCUGGGGUACAUCUCCAGUAUAUCGGCCGGGUCUAGUAGCUGCUUGGCACUUGUAGACCUAAACAUGAUGGGUGACAUUGGGAACCUCCAUGAGCUGGCGUCCACUGAGAGGGGCUUUUAUUGCCACCUGAGUGAUGUGAAGUCCCAAAUUCUUAGGCCUCUUUUAGGCCUAGACAACCUGGGCUCUGUAACCACUGUUCAGCUUCUACAAGACGUGGCUACAAAGUUCUGCAAACUCUGCUACCUGAUCGGCCAGCAUGGAACGUCACUCAGCCAUUUCCUCCGUGGAGCCAAGGAUGCACGAGAUCUUUCCAUCUUGGAGCAUUCAAAUAUCUUCUUGGAUAGUUAUACAGAGUAUUGUUCAUCUCUCUCCAACUUCCUGGUAAUGGGAGGAUUUUCACUUCUCUCCAAAUCAGCAAUGGACUUCUUCACUAAGAACCAAGGCCUUAUACAGAGUCUCUGCCAUGGGACAGAGGAAGGUUCAUCUAUUCCUGAAACACUUAGCGCCCUCUUCUUUUCACCAAUGACCAGACUUCAUGAAUAUGCCAGACUGUUACUGAAACUCGCUAUGUGCUUUGAAGUGUCCUCACCAGAGUACAAAAAACUUCAAGACUCAAGCACUAGUUAUGACGCUUUGGCCUUGGCUUUGAGUAGAAAGAAGAAGGAGGCUGAAUACACCUUGGGCUUCUGGAAGACCUUCCCAGGGAAGAUGACAGAUUCUUUGAGGAAACCAGAAAGACGUCUGAUCUGUGAAAGCAGCAACCGCGGAUUGUGUUUGCAGCAUGCUGGACGCUUUUCUGUCAACUGGUUUAUUCUUUUCAAUGAUGCCCUGGUUCAUGCCCAGUUCUCCACACAUCAUAUUUUUCAACUUUCUACGCUGUGGACGGAGCCUAUAUCUGAAGACGUUGCCGGAAUAAAUGGUUUAAAGAUCAUAACCCCAGAAGAACAACUGACGUUGGUUGCUUUGUCCCCACAGGAAAAGACCAAGUGGCUUAGAGCAAUAAGCCAGGCAGUGGACCAAGCUCUACGAGGGGUUUAUGAGCCUUCACCUACCACCAUUGGAAGUACUAUAAGACAGGAUCCUCCUCUAUCGCGUAGUGCCAAAUACACCUUUUACAAGGAUGCACGACUAAAAGAUGGUACAUAUGAGGGCCGUUGGAUAAGUGGAAAGCCAAAUGGCAGGGGGGUAUUGAGCUGGCCAGAUGGAAGAAUAUACUCUGGUGAAUUUCGGAAUGGCUUAGAGGAUGGGUAUGGAGAGUAUAUAACUCCAAACAAAGCCUUAAAAAAGAAUGACCGCUAUCUUGGGAAUUGGAAAGAUGGCAAAAUGUGUGGUCAAGGCACUUUCUGGUAUGCAAAUGGAGAAGUAUAUGAAGGUUGCUUUCAGGAUAAUAACCGGCAUGGGCACGGGCUUCUUCGCAGUGGCAAGUUGACUUCCUCAUCACCUAGUAUGUUUAUUGGACAGUGGGUAAUGGAUAAGAAGACUGGUUAUGGAGUCUUUGAUGAUAUCACAAGGGGAGAAAAAUAUAUGGGAAUGUGGCAAGAUGAUUUACGGCAGGGCAAUGGGCUUGUGGUGACUCAGUUUGGUUUAUAUUAUGAAGGAGCCUUUAGUCUCAAUAAGAUGAUGGGAACUGGUGUUCUUCUUUCUGAGGAUGACACAGUUUACGAAGGAGAGUUCUCAGAUGACUGGACACUGAAUGGGAAGGGCGUUCUCAGGAUGUCCAAUGGUGAUUGCAUUGAGGGACUUUUUAGUGGUGAAUGGGGAUCUGGUAUCAAAGUCAACGGCGUCUACCUAAAACCAAGCUUAUAUGAAGGGGAGAAGGAGGAAGCAAAGUCUCUCAAGCUGGGCUGCCUUUCAGUUCCAGCUGAUGAGAAGUGGAAGGCCAUCUUUGAAGAGUGCUGGAGACAGCUUGGUUGUGAGGCUCCAGAGAAAGGAGAACCAAAGAAGGCCUGGGACAAUAUUGCUGUAGCCAUUACAACAAAGAGGCGCCAACAACAAGACAGUCCAGAACCAUUAAGCCGAUCACAUACACAGAUGCUGGAGAGUUUGGAGCGAAUUCCGCAGCACAAUGGCACUUUCACCAUGGAGAAAUAUGAGAUGAUCAAGUCAUAUUUAAUGAAUGCUUGUGAAACCCCAGUGCAUCAGCUAGGCCGGCUUAUGGAAGCCUUGGUGGCAGUGUACAGGAUGACCUAUGUAGGAGUAGGUGCCAACCGAAGACUUUUACAAGAAGCAGUAAGAGAGAUAAAGUCUUACCUGAAACGGAUCUUUCAGCUGGUGAGGUUUUUGUUUCCUGAUCUCCCUGAAGAAGGCAGCACAAUUCAGCCAUCAACCACCCUCAAAGAAUCCCCAGAUAAGCCUCAUAUCUGCAAUGGGAGAACAGGCUUGGAGUCUCAAUCUCCUGAACCUGGAUAUGUGGUGACUAGUUCAGGGCUACUCCUGCCUGUGCUGUUGCCCAGACUAUAUCCUCCCUUGUUUAUGCUGUAUGCCUUGGAACAUGAAAAGGAAGAAGAUGCCUAUUGGGAAUGUGUCCUAAGACUGAACAAACAACCAGACACCGCACUACUUGCGUUCUUAGGAGUACAAGAAAAAUUCUGGCCAACCAACAUUAAUUUCUUGGGUGAAAAUAAGAAGGUUUUGCCAAGCACUAAAGAUUCCUGUUUUUCUUCAGCGGUGGAGUGCCUACAGCAGAUCAGCACUACAUUCACUCCAGCAGACAAACUAAAGGUCAUCCAGCAGACUUUUGAGGAGAUCACACAAGAAGCACAAGAAGCACACAAGGAAGGUUUCCUCUGGUCCAUGGAUGAGUUGUUCCCUGUUUUCCUAUACGUUGUGCUGAGAGCCAGGAUACGAAAUCUGGGUUCAGAGGUGCAUCUAAUAGAAGAUCUUAUGGAUCCAUAUCUGCAGCAUGGGGAACAAGGCAUUAUGUUUACCACACUGAAGGCAUGUUAUUACCAAAUCCAGCAUGAGAAACUCCACUAGAGGCUGGUAGAAGUCUUCAGUGGCAAAAGGAAACAACAGAUUUUCUUAGAAAGCGAAGAAGAUAGAAAAGCUCUGAAGAAGGUGUUCUCUGCUAUGUGCAGAGCUGUGACUGGUGGUGUGAACUUACCAAUUAUUGAAUAUGAAGGGAAAUUGCCAAUGAUAUUGCUCCAGUGCGGUGCCGAGCUGGCUCCAUUGACUGACUGAGCACUGGAGUUCUGAGCCGCAAGUUUAGAGUUAAUUUUGUAACUGAAGCGGUGAUGUUUUAUGAUCGCAUUUAAUAAUUUUUAUGUAAAAAGAUCAGGACUAUUCUAAAAGGUGAUUACUGUUGGUACAGAGUGCACAAGCUCUGGCAAUCCGAUUUACAGCAUACCGGACAGUAUAAAUAUUGCUCUUAUCAUUGCUUUCUUAAGCCAAAGUCUGACCCAGAUGUAUAUUAGUGUUGCAGCAUGGAGAGUACAGAAAUGUGUGGGUUCUUGGUACAUUUCUAAAAAGGAAAAUACUGCACAGUAUGGUACAGCCUUUCCCAGUUACAGAUUGAACCACAGAGAUUUACAGGAUUAGGAAAAGAUGGCUGCUUUCUUACAAAAGACGGUGCCACUCCUGUCCCCAGAUUGUGUAUGGAAUUGCAGCUCAACCCCAUUCAUUUCAGUGGAUACCACAUACAACUUGUCGACUGGUGUGGCACAGUUUUGGAAAAAAUAAGCCAUGUUUUUUUUCUAAUCCUGUACAACAACUCAGUUUGCAUUUUUUAUCUCUUUUAGUUUGUUUUGCUCUGUAUGUUUUACAAUCCAGUUUAUCACCUCUUGUUGCCAGAGGCAUGAGCAGGUUACUAAAAUCUUUUUAACUGUCAGAAAAUAUAUCAGUUCAGUAAUAUUGACCAUAAUCAUGGCAAUAAAAAUAAUAAUCUUUAUAUAGCGCCAACAUAAUCCGCCACAGUUUACAAAUCAGAAGGUACAUGUUCAAACAAAAUCAAGCAUUGCGUAUGGCCAUUGAUUUACUGCAAGGUGAAAUGGGAUCCCGUUGUGGUUUCCAUAGCUUUUACAGCAGGAUUAAUCUUACAUGCAACGCUGUUCUUGUUGUCAAAUCAGAUGACAUGAGUCGGAAACGGUCACUUACCAUGAGGCAUGUUGCGGCUAUUGGUUUUACAAGUAGCAUUACUUAUGAAUGUUCAUGCGACCAUUUCAUUGUAAGGUUACUUCAGUGUGUAACCUUUAUGAACGUGCUACCGCCAAAGAUCUGAUAUCAUCAUGCAGUUACUGUACGGCAUACAGUAUGUCUGGCUGUUUAAAAUCAAGUUAUAAUAUUCUGUAACCUUGGCAAUAUUUAGAGGAGAAGAGCACAACAGAGAGAUAUUAGGAAUUGCUUUGAGCCGGCCAUACACAUAUUAAUGUCUCGCUAAAACCAGUAGGAACUUAGAAGCCACAGCACAGUGCCAGAUCCAUGGUAUGAUCGUCCCAUCGGCUCCAGGUGCUCCUUAUUGGUUUACAGUUACAUUCAGAUCCUUGCAUAGUUUCCAUUGAUUUGACAGAAAGAAUAGUGGUGCAUGUAACGCUGUUCUGGUCGCCAAAUCUGAUGCAGCUGCUGACAGGGCCUCCAGUGCAGACGGAAAUUCAGCCUUGAUUGAUAUGUUGUUACAUUGUACAUCCAGGUCUGUAUGGAUGAUUGUUAUAUCAGUAUUAAAGAUACAGUUGCAUAUAAAAUAAAAUCCACCAUGCACAUAUAAGGCCUCGUGCACACAACCACAUAAUUUGCAGUCCGCAAACCGUGGAUGCCAGCCAUGUGCAUCCCACAAUUUCCGUAGGUACCAUUGUAAAAAUGCCUAUUCUUGUCCACAAAAUGGACAAGAAUACAACAUGUUUUAGUUUUUUGUGGGACAGCACGCAGUGUGAUAUCCACACUUUUUGUGCCUCAUUGAAAUGAACGGGUCUGCAUCCAGUCCGCAAAAAAUGUGGAUUGAAUUUGGGAAAAAAAAUAGUCAUGUGUAUGCCAUGUUUUGGUCACCUGUGUGUAUCAGAUGCCCUUAUUUCUUGAAGACAUAAGCACUAGUAUUUUAUACGCACAUUUAACAUUGCUAUAUUUUCAAGUUUGUUUCUCAUAAUUUAUUUAAGGUGUAACUCCUCUAAAUAGGGGAUUUAAGCUAUAUUCACACUGUGUAUACACAGGGCCCUGUAGACUCGACGUAUGCCACUGAAUAGCAUAGUCCGCUACACUUUGCAAGACAGAUUAACACAUUCCUGCAAAAUAUGUGUGUAUGUAUAUGUAUAUAUAUACACACAUUUUUUUUCUUCCUUAUAUACAAUGGGACGUUUCACCAUAUUAUUGGUGAAAUAUACUUUCUCUAGUGUAGAAACACUCCAUUGUAGACUGGGAUCUGCAUGAACACAUCCACUUCUGAGCUGCAGGCGACCUGUGCUUGUAUUCAGCUACCAGCCUUCAUGCCGCAGAACACGCACUGCCUGUUGUUGGAGGAGGGUGUAGUACAGGGAUCAGCAACCUUCGGCAUUCCGGCUGCUGUGAAACUACAACUCCCAGAAUGCACACUUGCUUGGCUGUUCUUGUAUCUCCCAUAGACGUGAAUGGAGGAUGCUGGGAGUGCCGGAGGUUGCUGAUCCCUGGUGUAGUGGGACAUAUGAAAAUCUGUCAAAUGUCAUGUCAUUGGGCUCCAUUCCUAAAACCUUUAUCAUUUUAUCUGUAUGCAGGUCCUUGCGCAUUUUCAUGUUUUUUAAUCUAAUUUUGCCGCAGUUGAGCAAUAAUGUUCGUUUUCAAUACCUUACUGUAUAACAAAUGACACAUUUAAAGAGGACCCAUCACCUCUCCUGACAUGUCUGUUUUAGUUACUACUUGCAUUCUGGAGCAUGUAGCUGUAGGUUGUGACAUUGCUGUAUUAUUCCUACUACAAGGGACAACUGGGUGUUACCAAUCCAACACUGGCAGCACUGAUUGGACUAUGUCAGGCUGCACAGGGACACCCCCCCCCCCCCCCCCAACUGGUAACACCCAGUUGGCAAUUCAUUUCCAAAGGUCUAGUAGGAGAAACUGCACAGCAUAGAAUCAUAAGAUAAUAUGUUCCAGAAUCGUCAUUUAGUAUGAAAUACAAUUAUUUAUUAAAGGGGUUUUCUGGGAUUUACAUGUUGAAGGCCUAUCCUUGGGAUUGGUUAUCCAUAUCAGACCGGUGGAGGUCCAUGAGCGUUUAGGCCUCUUCCUAGCCCAUAUGACAUUAUGUUCAUCAGUCAGAUGUCCUAGGCUCACCUCAGUCCUAUUCAAGAGAAUAGGGCUGAGCUGCAAUACCAUGCACAGCCACUAUACAAUGUACGGUGGUGUCCUUGGAAAGCCACAAGGGAGGCUGUGGCGGUCAUUGAAUCUUUAGGUGACUGCCCUGGCUUCCUUAAACAGCUGAUUGGCCUGGGGUCCCGUGAGUUGGAUCCCUGCCUAUCUCAUAUUGAUGACCUAUCCUGAGGAUAUGUAAAUCUCAGAGAACCCCUUUAAAACAGACAUGUCAGUCUGUGGUGACAGGUUCUCUUUAGAAAGAAGUAGACAGCAAUAAAUGGUUGAAGCUGCUUUUACAGAGCAUCUGUCAUGGCUGGACACCUUGCUUAGUAAUAAAAUAAACCCCCACCAUGACUGUCAAGAUCCAGCAAUUAGUAAUAAGGAAUUUUCUACCACUGCCCGUGUGAUGUGCAGUUUAUGACUUGUUAGUUGUCAUUCGUUUGCUUUACUAUUACUUGUGGACAUCAUACAAUGUGGCUGUCGUUAUGCAUAUAGCACAGCUAAAGUUGAUCAUCUUUGGAUUGUAUUUUAUAAAGGAUUGAAGUGGCCCGCUAUUACAGACUUGAAUUCACAUCUGCUGUAACAACUACUACACAGAUUGUUGUACAUGAACAGUGACUACUGGCUACUGCUAUCACUUGUGCUGACUUAUUGUUUGUUGUAUUGCAUUAAAAACCUAAAAACUGGAGAAUCAUUUAACUAAAACACAUUAACACUUUGUACAGUAAAUGUAUAUAGGUCGUGACUAAACUGUAACUGAUUUUAUAAAGUGUUCACCAUGUUUUAUUGUUCAUCUUGUAUAAUGCUGUUUUUUAACUAAUGCAGCUGUGCAAUCCAACAAAGGAGUUAAAGAGUUAAAUCAGCGAGUGCUGGCUUUUAUUUCGUGCCGUGUCGGCAGAAAAGUUUGCAUUGAAAUUUAUUAACACACAGUUCAUAUGUUGAAUGGUUACAAAUAAAAGGUAUCUCUA